GAUAGUCAUCAGCUGUGUCGUCCAUGGCGAGAUCAUGGUCGCCGUCGCUUCUUCUUCUUCUUCCUUUUGCUCUUGCUUUGGCUGCCUCCGUCGCUCAAGCUGCUGUCGUGGAGCACACUUUCAAUGUAGGAAACCUCUCCAUUAGUCAGCUAUGCCAGCCGGAAAGGAUCAUCACCGCCGUGAACGGCCAGCUCCCCGGCCCGACGAUCGUCGCCACCGAGGGCGACACGGUGGUCGUACACAUGAUCAAUGAUUCACCCUACAACAUGACCAUCCACUGGCAUGGCAUCUUCCAGCGGGGCACGCCGUGGGCGGACGGGCCGGCGAUGGUGACGCAGUGCCCCGUGCGGCCCGGCGGCAACUACACGUACAGGUUCAACGUCACCGGGCAGGAGGGCACGCUGUGGUGGCACGCCCACGUCUCCUUCCACCGCGCCACCGUCUACGGCGCGCUCAUCAUCAGGCCCCGCGGCGGCGCCGCCGCCUACCCGUUCCCCAAGCCCGACGCCGAGGAGGUCGUCGUCCUCGGCGAGUGGUGGAACGCCGACGUCAACAGGCUGCACGAGGACGCCAAGGAGACCGGCCAGCCGUCGCCCCACGCCAACGCCUACACCAUCAACGGCAAGCCUGGUGACUUCUACAACUGCUCCGACGCGAACCAGACGCACAAGUUCGAGCUAAAGCAGAACACGACGUACAUGCUCCGGAUCAUCAACGCUGCGCUCAACACGCCGCUGUUCUUCAAGGUGGCGAACCACAGCUUCACGGUGGUGGCGGCGGACGCGUGCUACACCAAGCCGUACAACACGGACGUGGUGGUCACCUCGCCGGGGCAAACGGUGGACGUGCUCCUCGUACCGGACGCCGGCGUCGCCGCCGCCGUCGGCGGACGCUACUACAUGGCGGUGACCUCGUACGACAGCGCCAUUAACAACCUCGGACCGCCGGACAGCCUGUACAGCCUGUCCAACGGUACGGCCAUCGUCGAGUACGCCGGCGCCGCCACGACCGCGCCACCGGUGCAGCCGAAGCUGCCGGAGCACAAAGACACGGCCACCGCUUACCAGUUCCUCUCCAACCUGACGGCGCUGGUGCCGAACAAGGUGCCCCUCGCCGUGGACACCCACAUGUUCGUCACCGUCAGCAUGGGCACCACCGUCUGCGGGCCGGAGCAGACGAGGUGCAUGCCCAACAACGGCACCAUCUUCGCGUCGAGCAUGAACAACGCCUCCUUCGUCCUCCCGAAGACGACCUCCAUGCUCGAGGCGCAGUACAGCAACAACGCCACGGGCGUGUACACCAGCGACUUCCCCGACACGCCGCCGGUGGUGUUCGACUACACCAGCAACGACAGCAACACGGCGGAGCUGCAGCUCACGACCAAGUCGACCAAGGUGAAGACGCUGCAGUACAACACGACGGUGCAGAUGGUGCUGCAGAACACGCGGCUGGUGUCCAAGGAGAGCCACCCGAUGCACCUCCAUGGCUUCAACUUCUUCGUCCUCGCCCAGGGCUUCGGCAACUACAACGAGACAACCGACCCGGCGAAGUUCAACCUGGUGGACCCGCAGGAGCGCAACACCGUCGCCGUGCCCACCGGCGGCUGGGCCGUCAUCCGCUUCGUCGCCGACAACCCCGGGAUGUGGUUCAUGCACUGCCACUUCGACUCUCAUCUAGAUUUCGGACUUGGCAUGAUGUUUGAGGUUCUUCCAGCUGAGGGGACAUCGUUGCCGGCGCCACCGCCGGACCUGCCUCAGUGCUAGCUAGCUGGUCAUUGUUAAGAGUCACAGCUUUUAAUUGGGUUUAGAUAUAUAUACCAUCGGUCAAGACAUGCAUCUUAUCUCAACAAGAAAAAUGCUAUUUCUUCAUUGAUUAGUUCCAUGGAGUAUUAUUUUCAGUAGUAAACGUGUGUGAUGAAUGUUGUGUGUAUCUAGCUAGUAGCAGGCCCUUUAUCCUACUACUAUUAAUUGUGAUUUUUCUGCAGUGAAAAGAUUUGAUUUCCUUAAUGACAUUAUAUGGAAUAAAUAUCAGUACUGCUGAUCUGGC